CUGGCCGAGAUCGAGGAAUGAACGAAGCCAUCACGUUGUACAGCGUCGCUGCCACAACGAUUUUCUCUUUCUUCACUUCCGCCCUCCGCCAUUUGGACAUUCACUCGGCGCAACAAUCAAUAGUACUCGCCUUCUAUAUCUCCGUCGCCCAUGCGGAUGAACUUUAAAGCCAACUGCACCAAGCCUCCGAGCGCUGGAUCGCCGAUUUGUCCAAGUCGAUCAUCCCAGCACCCGGCCUACGGCUGCUACUCUCCUUGCAGCAGCUCAGGCUCACCAUACAGCCUGGCUACCAGACUGCAGGCACAUACUGCAUUGCCAUCAGCCGACUCGACCGUUGCUCCGAAUCUAUCAGCUGAGCGGAGCGACAUUGCGGCUGGUCUGGAGCCCCUCUGCUGAUCACAGACUUCAACAUGGCGGCUACAGCAGGAGUCGAGCGGCCUGAAGAUGUCGCAACCAAAGUCAUGCGCAGAGUCCAAGUCUCAAAGAUGACCCGGACGCUGCAAGACCGCCUUGCAUUAGCCAAUGUCAAGAUCCAGAAUGGAUGGCAGAAUUUGAGCCUGGACGCCAUCGAGCCUCGGGUUGAAGAGCGUAUGAGGAGGAAACGACCUGCGUCGAGCAAUGAUACCAUUUCAGAUACCGCCUCGACUACUUCCAGCCGACUGCAUUCCAGCAAUGGCCUGGCCUCAUCCCCGAUCACCGAACCGCUCUUCUCCGAUGACCUGCCCAGGUCCGGCGGCGGUUCUAGGUUCAAGAGAAUUAGAUCCGCCAACAUACAACAGCAUGCGCUUUCAGGCGCUGCUACAGGACGACGGACACGAGGCGCAGCUGCUCGACAGGAUACAUGGAAGAAGCGGGAGGGACUUCCAGAGUCCUCGCCUAUCAAGCACACCAAGCACGCACGCUUCCAGUCCACAACGACCAACCUCUCACAUGUGUCUCAACUAUCCUUCAUCACCGAGGGCUCGGUGCAGAGUGACGACCCGCCGUCGCCGCAGUCCAGCGAGGAUGAUGAUGCCGAUCUGCCCAUCACCAGCUUCAGCAUCAAUGCUUCCACCCGCAUCACAUCUUCACCUCCACGUACACCACCCCCACAACAACGCCUACGGAGCAUCAAUCAAGUUUCCUGGUCUCGUACACCCAAGGCCGACGAUGAUGGGGCAGACCUUCUCAUGUAUCUCGCUACAUCUCCCUCCCCAGCCGUCGGCGCUUCCAACGCCAAGACUGUGAUUCAGCCACCGACUACCCCACCCUGCAAGUCGACACCUUUACCCUCCUCACACAUGACACCUGGAACAUCCGGCAAUGGCUUCCUCGGCUUCGGUCCUAAUACACCAGGUAUGAAGUUUGACUUUAGCGACUUCAUCAAUGUCACUCCGUCACCUGCACAAGGGCAAUGGAACCGCACGCCCGUGGCAGGCCGCACGCCCGGUGCAUCUGCUCGACGCAGACUGGACUUUGACAAGCUCGUACCUCCCGUCACCAGCCCGACUGUAUCCCGCAGCACUCGCAGCAAUGGACUCGGAAUGGAUCUCGGGGGCGAGUUGCGAACAUGAUUUCACCAUGCGAUUUCCUUGUGUCAAGAUUCAUGACAUGCUACGAUACGAUUCACGAUGGUGCUCACCGAGCACACUUUAUUUGAGACUACCAAGUCUACGGCAUGCGUAGUGCCACAUGCAACAAUAUACACGGAGCGAUUCUGCUUUCCUGGCGUACUUGAUUUCAUUUGUUGGAUCACGCGGGUUCUGGACGGACAACUUAUACCCAACUACUGUCCUCUGCGAGCUGGUCGCAAGACGGACACACAAGUGCACGGAAUUUUUUCUUUCUGCGCUUUGACCACGUUUAGAGUGGAAUUCCUUUCUGCGUUUUGCAGCUUUGCAUUCGUGUGAAUGGCGAGAAAAGCUGGAAGACAAAGCUUUCAGCAAAGAAGAGAGGCGCGUGCGUGACGCGAACGCGUGAUCCUUGUCAACAGGCAGGAUACCUGGCACGACGGGGUCGACGAGGAGUUGCAAUAGUGAAUGGUGCAUGAAUGCGUUACUGGCAUCCGUAGGUAGUUAUCGUAAUGUGAAAGCAUGUUGUAUUGCGUGA